GCGUAGCGUCUGAAUAUCGCCACAAAGCAAAUUGAGUCGAUACAACAUCUGAGAGGCGUCGCCGAGAAACACCGGAGGAGACAAUGAUGUAGUCGGUAGAUGUUCGUUCUUAAUUCAAGCCGUGUGUUGAUUGAAUGCGCGUGUUUUUAAAAAAAAAUGUGUUCAUGUUGAGCUUUAUUUUCUGUUUUCAUCGCCGCACCCAUCGUAAUCAUUUAUUAUUGCGGUGCUAGCUCGCCGCGCGACCGCCGGAGGCUAAUGGUGUCCGCGGAGCCGGGCAUCAGGUGUAACGCUAUUUGUAGGGGAGCGGCUGCGAGAAAGUUUGACAUUUCCACGACGCCGCAUUUGGACACUGUCUGAUUGUUAUUGCCGAUGCCGACGAGCUCCCACAGUGUACCCAGCCGCCUGUAGCAUAUCGAGCAGCGUAGCCCGGCACCAUGACGGGGGAGAAGAUCCGCGCGAUGCGAAAGGACCACAACAAACCCAACAAGAACGAGGAGGCGCGGGACGCGCACGGCGACACCGCCAACGAGACGGUGGCCAACGGCACCGGCCACCUCUUCAGGUCCAACAAGGCGUUUCAGAAGUCCGCCAAGACGUCGGCGCUGCAGCAGCUCAACGCGAACAACAUCAACGGCAACCCGUCGUCGGUCGACGCCGUCGUCAAUGACAACAACAAGAACCCCGUCAGCCUGACGAUCGAGGACCUGGAGUUCCCCGUUCACGAGUGCGUGUUCAAGGCAGACGUGCGUCGACUCUCCUCUCUCAUCAGGACCCACAGCAUCUCUCAGAAAGAUGUGCACGGGAACACGCCUCUUCACCUGGCGCUGAUGCUGGGCCACAAAGAAUGUGCCCUCCUCCUGCUGGCCCACAAUGCACCUGUGAAGAUAAAGAACGCACAGGGAUGGAGUCCCCUCGCCGAAGCCAUCAGCUAUGGUGACAGGCAAAUGAUCACAGCAAUACUGCGGAAGUUGAAGCAGCAAUCCAGGGAGAGUGUGGAGGAUAAGAGGCCAAAAUUACUGAAAGCUCUGAGGGAGCUUGGUGACUUUUAUCUGGAGCUGCACUGGGAUUUUCAGAGCUGGGUGCCUCUGUUGUCCCGGAUGCUGCCUUCUGAUGCUUGUAAAAUCUACAAGCAGGGCAUCAAUAUUAGACUUGACACCACUCUCAUAGACUUCACUGAUAUGAAGUGUCAGCGUGGGGACCUCAGUUUCAUUUUCAACGGCGACGCUGCACCCUCCCAGUCCUUUGUGGUUCUGGACAACGAGGCGAAAGUGUACCAGAGAAUACACCACGAGGAGUCAGAGAUGGAGACCGAAGAAGAGGUGGAUAUUCUGAUGAGCAGCGACGUUUACUCUGCAACUCUGUCGACCAAGUCCAUCUCCUUCUCCCGUAGUCAGAUUGGCUGGCUCUUCAGAGAGGAUAAAACAGAGAGAGUUGGAAACUUCCUGGCCGACUUCUAUACCGUUAACGGCCUGGUGCUGGAGUCGAGAAAGCGGCGGGAGCACCUCAGUGAGGAGGACAUCCUGAGGAACAAAGCCAUCAUGGAGAGUUUGAGCAAGGGAGGCGGCAUCAGUGAACAGAACUUUGAGCCUGUGAGGAGACAGUCUCUCACAGCUCCGGCCCCCAACACAAUUUCUUGGGAAGAGUACAUCACAGCAGAGCACGGAAAGCCACCUCAUCUUGGGAGAGAGCUUACGUGCAAGGAAAGCAAGAAGAACUUCAAAGCUACUGUAGCCAUGAGCCAGGAUUUCCCUCUAGGCAUAGAGUCGUUAUUAAAUGUGUUGGAGGUUGUAGCCCCAUUCAAGCACUUCAACAAACUCCGAGAGUUCGUUCAGAUGAAACUUCCGCCCGGGUUUCCAGUCAAACUCGACAUCCCCGUCUUCCCCACGAUCACCGCCACCGUCACCUUUCAGGAAUUUCGCUACGACGAAUUUGACGAGUCCAUUUUCUCCAUCCCUUCUCAGUACAAAGAAGAUCCCAGUCGCUUCCCAGACCUCUGACCAGUAAACACCCACACACAGGAAGUGACCAGCGAGUAGAAUAUGUUCGGAAGAAGGGAAACACAAAUGCGGAAUCCUGUAUUGUUUGAGCUGCUCUUACGGAUCAUCUAUUAUUAUCAGCUACUAUUCAUUGUUGUGGACGGAUCCAAAGCAAAUCAAUGCAAGCAGAGGUGGCAUCUCACAUGUGAUUAUAUUGCGUAACAGCAGCCGUUUUAGCUUUUCCUUAUACUCGCUGUUCGCCCACCGAGCAGCGACAUCUGCUGCUCAGCGCUGCUGCUGUUGUUGAACUCAGCCCGGACUCCUCCAUCGUCAUUAUUUUAAUAUUUAGUACAUCAUGUUUCAUAUUUCUUGGACGGACUGAUUUAUUUUCUUGACACAAGCCAUCUGUAAAUAAUACACCACUGAAGUCAUAAAAAAAAUAUCUCUCUAUAUCCUCAAACUGAGCUUAUGAACUAUACAUAUAAAUAUAUAUAUAAAUAUAUAUAUAUAGAUGGAUAGAAAUUAUAAUGGAGUAACACUGUGUAGCAAUACAUUUCCAGUACUUGAGAAUGUUUUUAACCAGCCGGGACGAGGUUUAGCAUAAAAACACAUUCUCAACAGCUCCGUGUCCGAGCCUUUCUCCCUGUGCAGGACGCCGCCUCCUGUCUGUUCAGGUUCAGCUCACGUUACCUCUCAGCUGUCUUGUUCAUGUUCAUUGUGAUCGUAUGACUUCCUGUGCUCGGUGUGAAUGGAUAAUUGUACUGUAUCAAGGGGGUCGUCGUAUGUGCGUUUGUGUGUGGGAGAGAACUCCGAUGGGAUAUCAGGUAAACUGUUCUUUGUUUAAUACUGCACCGGUAUUAAGUAUAUUUAAGGCAUGCUAUGGCUGCAUUGGCCGACCGGAUCACAUGCAUCUUUAAGCUUGUAUUCCCCUGAACGUUAGAUUACCUGCAGACUUAAUUGGUAAACGUAAAAGUGUGACACUAACAUUUUGAAACACCUUUUUAGUGCUUAUAAAAUCUCUCCUUUGAUGAUGGUCUGCCUACAUUUCUUUUUUCUUUCAAUCCAUGGAGAGUAAACUAAGCUGUGAAGUUGAUAUUGCUGGAUGUCCCAAAAAUGCCCAGAUGGGAAAUGAUCUGAUCCAUUGAGUUGUCUCUGGCUUCAGCUGAUGUGUACUGCAACCAUACCUACUUCACAUCCCUUUAAAUAAAGCACCAGCAUCAUGUUUCAA